AUGUGGGGAAGGAUCUGCUGCAGCAUGCCUUGCUCCAACCUCCUACUCGUAGUGCUCGCCGCCAUGGUUGCUUGCCUCUCCAUGCCGCUACCUCAUCCUGCUGUUUCCUCCACUGCUCCUCCUGCUGCAAGUACAAACAUCAUACACCAUGAAGGAGGAGCAGAAAUAGGAAGGAACCCAGCAAACUCACUGGUGGCGCUGGUGAACGCGAACCGGACGGCGGCCAGGCUGCCACCGCUGCGCAACAGCAAAGGCCUCGGCUGCAUGGCGCUGCAGUACGUCUCCCACUGCAUCAGCGCCGCCACCCACGACGCCUGCGACGACACGGGGGCACUGGCAGCGUCGUGCCACCCGCCGGAGACGGACGUCACCGAGGUGUACGCCGCCAACUGCGGCGUCGAGCUGCCCACCGUCGACCUCAUCUCCGGCCGCCUCCUCGGCUGCUCCUCCUCCGACGACGCCCUCCUGCUCCUCGGAGCCAACGCCAGCGCGACGGCGGCGGUGGUCCGCGGCAAGGAGCACACCCAGGUGGGCGCCGGCUUCCUCCGGCAGCGCCGGCACGGGCCGUACCUCUGGUGCCUCCUCUUCAGCAGCAGGAGCCCCAGCUCCACCUUCCGGCUCGAGGCCGCCGGCAGGGGCAUCGCGCAGACGCAAGGCUGCUUCAGCGAUCCGGACAACACCCUCUCCUGCAGCGCCGCCGGACGGCUGGUCACCUCCAUGGCUUCACCAGCCGCUCUCCUGCUGCUGCUGUUACUCGCAGCACUCUAG